CGAAUGUCUCUCUUGAAAACCAGCAACUAGUUGAUAUUUAGCACUAUUUUAAUCACCAAGACUUAUAUAAUGAGAAACAAAAAAAACAAAAUAUUGACCAUUCUUAAACAUAACAUAAGUAUAAAUUUAUAUUACAACUAAAUGAAUCAAAAAAAAUGAAACAGAGUUCUGGGCUUCAUACUCCCUUGUAAAUUAGCAGCAAGCAGAUUGAAUAAAUGAAGAUAUUCAAUCAAGGUUGGACAAAGGAGUUGAGUGUUUUAUCAAACCAGUAAGGUUGAAUUGAUUAAUGUUGUUUGAUUGUUUAUUCUCUUUGCAAAUUACAUUUGUCAUAAAAUACAUCAAAUAUAAAGUAAGAAUCAAUUGAGCAAAUUAAUGAUAAAAUCACUAUGAGGAGAAUUCAAUUACUCAUUAAAAUCAUAGUAAUUUCAUAAGUUCGACUGAGACAAGAAGGGGAGAGCAAA